AUGUUGAUUCUUCUUAGAAUGGAUGGUGCUUGGGAAUCUGAAGCUAGUUUUGUCCUGUACGCAGAAUAUGGCGACGGUGGAAACACUUCUUCGAAGUACUUCCUGGUUCGUCCUGGAUCACGAACAUGGAAUUAUGAAGCCAUCAGCAUUGCGCAGAUGUGGUUGAGAAUGUGCGACAAGCAUGAUACUUGUCGAGACACGACGCCUAGUAUCCUACCCACAAGGGUUAUAGAUGUCAAAAGCUCGCCUCCUAAGAUUGUCAUGGAACACCCAUUCGAAGCUCAAUAUACAAGUCAAACAUCAACUCUGUCGUCUCGGAUGGAAGGAAUGCCUUUGGAAGAUUUGCCCGCCACGUUUAGGGAUGCCGUCAUUGCUACUCGUGACCUGGGAUUUCAGUAUCUGUGGAUCGAUUCUAUUUGCAUUCUUCAAGAUUCCAUUCCCGACAAGUCCGUAGAAAUCGCACGUAUGGGCGAUGUUUACGGGAACGCAGCGUUAUGCAUCUGCGCCACAUCUGGUAUCAAUAGUAAAUCCGGCUUCCUACCCCCUUAUUCGUCGUUAGAGCCAUCAGUCAAACUGCCUUUCUACCCGAUGAAUAGCGAGCCUGGAUCCUACAUUAUGUUCAGUCAAGAUCUGUACGGUUUGCAGAACGAAUUUCCCAUUGAUUGGACGUGGGACAUCCAUCAAAGGAGUAUCUGGAAUACCAGGGCGUGGACUUUACAAGAACGCGUUCUCUCUCCCCGUAUUCUACACUUUACCUGUGAGAAUGAUCUCGCAGGCUUACGAGUAGAAGCUGGCUUCAUAAAAGCCCGACGGCUUGGGCAUCCGACUGUACUCAAUUUUAAUGAUCUUAGUUUUGACGCACUUGUAAGGCUUUACUACAAUCUUGUAGACCAGUAUUGUCAACGCAACUUAUCAUACUCUUCAGACAAAGCAGCUGCUUUUGCAGCUUGCUCUGCUUUGUUUCAGAAACGCCUUGGAUUUCAUACAAACAUUUUUGGCACGUUUCUCGAGGACCUUCCUAGAUGCUUGAUGUGGAUCCCUCUCGGAAACUCAUCCCUAGACUCAAGCUGGCCCUCUUGGUCAUGGUGUUCUCACCAACACCUCUCCUUCUACCAAGGGAUUUUCCACAUGGAAGACUCCGAAGUGCUGAAUACAGACCAACAACUCUCCCACCAAUCUAAUCACGAGUAUAUACCAGCAACUGACUCUCAACCCCCAAUACUUCGCCUGAAUGCAUUCUCAAAAGGCCCCGGUAAGCUCAUCUGGAAGAAUUCAUACCCCAUGGGCGUAAAAUUUUCGGUUAUGGACCAAGAAUAUGAUCUAGAACAUACCGACAUAACAAACAAAUGUGCUACCGACAGAGAAGACCUCUGGCUUUUGAACUUUUGUAAACUCAGUGCCCAGGCCAAACCAAUCUCCGGCUUAAUUCUACAGCCUGCUAUGGAGUCAGAUAGCAACCAUUAUCGCCGAGUAGGAUUCUACAGACUGAAGACUUCUGAGGACUCCAAAAAGCUGUUUCAAACUGAAGCGCGGCAAUGGAUGAACUUAGUCUGA